AUGAGCAAGCGGAAACUCGGAUUCGCCCUCUCUCGACCGAUUGCAUACUCUCUCAGACGCAACGGCUUCUUCUCCUCCUCCACCUCGCCUUCCCAAUCUCAUCCAUUGAAGCUCACUCGCCACAGUUUCUGCUCUUCUUCGACUGACAAUCUGCUGGAUGGAUUAUUCGAUCCUGACUUAAAUCUCCCAGGAUACGUCUCUCACUUCCCGAAGGAUUCAGGGGUUCAGUCCCCUAAGCCUCAGGAAUUCGCCUUUCUCAAGGACUCUAACGCUGCUGAUUCGGAGACCAAGCUCGGGCCUGACUCUGGUAUGUAUUCCCACGAUGCUUUAUUGGUUUCCAAUGCGAUUAAGAAUAUAAAUGAUGGUUUUGGGGAUCAAACCCUAAAGUUUCUUAGCCAGUUUAGGCGGAAAUUGCACGAGUCUUUGGUGGUUGAUGUGCUGAAACUUGUGCAGAAUCCUGUAUUGGGCGUGAAGUUUUUCUUAUGGGCUGGUCGACAGAUUGGUUAUGGUCACUCCGCCCCAGUUUAUGAUGCUCUAUUGGAUUUAUUAGGCUGUGAUAUGAAUGAGAGAGUGCCGCAACAUUUUCUUCAAGAAAUAAAGGAUGAUGACAAGGAAGUGCUCCGGAAGUUGCUUAAAGCAUUGAUUUCCAAAUGCUGCCGAAAGGGGUUGUGGAAUGUAGCCUUGGAAGAACUUGGGAGGCUUAAAGAUUUUGGGUACAAGCCCCAAAGCGCUACUUAUAAUAAUUUAGUUCAGGUGUUUCUGGAAGCAGAUAGGUUAGAUACAGCAUACUUGGUGUACAGGGAGAUGUCAGAUUCAGGUUUUCGGAUGAAUGCUUACACUCUGGGUUGCUUUGCGCGUUCCCUUUGCAGAGCAGGAAGAUGGAGGGAAGCCCUGGAUUUGAUUGAAAAGGAAGAGUUUGUGCCUGAUACAGUAAUUUACACAAAAAUGAUAUCUGGACUCUGUGAGGCUUCACUUUUUGAAGAAGCAAUGGAUUUUUUGAGCAGGAUGCGGUCUAAUUCCUGCGCUCCUAAUGCCAUAACAUACAGGACUUUGCUUUGUGGUUGUUUGAACAAAAGACAACUGGGUAGGUCUAAGAGAAUACUCAAAAUGAUGAUUGCCGAAGGUUGUUAUCCAAGUCCUCACAUAUUUAACUCCCUUCUUUAUGCAUACUGCAGAGCCCAAGACUAUUCCUACGCCUACAAGUUGCUCAAGAAAAUGGCACAAUGUGGUUGCCAGCCAGGCUAUGUGAGUUACAACAUAUUAAUUGGUGGAAUUUGUGGCAAUGAGGAGGUACCAGGCGAGAGUGCUUUACAAUUGGCUGAAAAUGCUUACAAGGAAAUGCUUGAUGCAGGGCAUGUACUAAAUAAAGUCAAUAUCACCUAUUUUGCUGGUUGCCUUUGUGGUGCUGGUAAAUAUGAUAGAGCAUACAACAUUAUUUGUGAGAUGAUGACUAAGGGAUUUAUACCAGAUUGUUAUACAUACUCCAAAGUUAUUGGUUUUCUGUGCAAUGCCUCAAAAGUAGAAAAGGCUUUCCAAUUAUUUGAAGAGAUGAAGAGGAAUGGUAUUGUUCCAGAUGUAUAUACCUACACAAUGCUAAUAGAUAGCUUUUGUAAAGUGGGCCUUAUUCAACAGGCUCAUAGAUGGUUUGAUGAAAUGUUAAGGGAUGGCUGUACCCCUAAUGUGGUGACCUAUACUGCUCUUAUUCAUGCUUACAUGAAAGCAAAGAAGAUAUCCAGAGCAAAUGAGCUCUUUGAAAUGAUGUUAUCGGAAGGUUGCACUCCAAAUAUCAUCACAUAUUCUGCCUUGAUAGAUGGUUACUGUAAAGCUGGAGAAAUUCAGAAGGCUUUGCAGAUUUAUGCAAAAAUGAGGGGAAGUGUGGGAAGUUCAGACAUAGACAUGUACUUUAGGGCUGAUAGCAACACUCAGGAACCAAAUGUUGUCACAUAUGGAGCUUUGAUAGACGGUUUGUGCAAAGCACACAAGGUUAAAGAAGCUCAUGAAUUAUUAGCUGCAAUGUCAAGAGAAGGUUGUAAGCCUAAUCAUGUGGUAUAUGAUGCCCUUAUCGAUGGAUUUUGUAAGGCUGGGGGGCUAGAUAAAGCACGGGAGAUUUUUGCUAUAAUGUUGGAACAUGGCUACAAUCCAAAUAUUUUUACGUACAGCUCUUUGAUUGACAGAUUAUUUAAGGACAAAGAGCUGGAUCUUGCUUUAAAGGUCUUGUCUAAAAUGCUAGAAAGUUCUUGCCCUCCUAAUGUUAUUACCUACACGGAAAUGAUUGAUGGACUUUGUAAAGUUGGCAAGACCGAUGAAGCCUAUAAACUUAUGUUGAUGAUGGAAGAAAAGGGGUGUGACCCGAACGUUGUAACUUAUACUGCCAUGAUAGAUGGCUUUGGAAAAGCAGGUAAAGUUAGCAAGUGUCUGGAACUCUUUAGACAGAUGGGUACCAAGAAUUGUGCUCCAAAUUAUAUUACUUACAGGGUUUUGAUAAAUCAUUGCUGUGUCUCUGGCCUUUUGGAUGAGGCUCGCCUACUUUUGGAGGAGAUGAAACAAACAUACUGGCCUAGGCAUAUGGCAAGUUAUCGUAAGGUUAUUGAAGGCUUCAAUCGAGAAUUCAUCAUGAAUCUUGGCCUCCUGGAUGAGAUAAGUGGCAACGACCAUGUGCCUGUUACUCCAAUUUACAGAAUUCUGAUUGAAAGCUUUCGAAAGGCUGGAAGGCUGGAGGUUGCACUUGAGCUGCAUAAAGAGAUCUCAUCAUCUUCAGUAUUUCAUUCUGCUGACAGGAUUAUGUACUCUUCUUUAAUCGAGAGCCUUUCUGCGUCAUGCAAGGUUGAUAAGGCCUUCGAAUUAUAUGGGGAAAUGACAAGGAGGGGUGGAUUGCCAGAUUUAAGUGUCUUCUUUCACCUCAUCAAAGGGCUUAUUAAGGUAAACAGAUGGGAGGAAGCACUUCAGCUUUCGGAUAGCCUAUGCCAUAUGGAUAUCUGUUGGGUCCCUAAUGAAGAUACAUUUGGCGGCAGCUAGAUCAUACAUAGUUUUAGUUUAUUUUUUGUGCUCGUUGUAUAUAGGCGGCGCAUGCCAGCCGCUGAUAAUUUUCACAGUGGCUUUUCUCCUCUCAAACAGCAACAAAUCCAACGAAGCUUCAUCUAAUCCAGUGGGAUUCUUGGGUUGAGAAUAUUGUUUCUGUUCGUUUGUUCUCGGUA